CCUUAGUUAUUUACAAGGUUAAUUUUUAAAUGGAGUCGAAAAUUGAAAAGUCUAAUUCGUUUACAAAAGCUUUAAAGAAUACAGAGUUUACCAUUGAAGAAUAUCUGAAAACUGUGUUUCAAGAAAAACUACUGGUGUAACUCUUGUUACUAUUUCUAUUCAUUUUUAAGUAAUGCACCUGCAGAUGAAGACAGAAACUUAACCAAUUCUACCAAACUUCUGGAAAAAUAUAAAGAGCUAAAAAGUGUUCAAAGCGCACUUACGGCCAAAAAAGAAGAGUUUAGUGUUAAAUGGAAUGUAUGCAAAGAAGGAGAGAAGACCUUGAGAAAAAAGAAUGUGAACUUAAAGAAUCACUCAUAAAGUUUGACCAGUUCUUUAAAGAUAAUGAUGAAAAGAGAGUAAGAGCGACGAAAAAAAUAUCAACAGAAAAAGGCUUACAACAGCAAAAGCAAACUGAAAUCAAUAUUCUAAAUGACGAUAUUGCAAGAUUUACCAAAAUGCGUGAAAAGCAAGAAAGAAAGGUCAAGUCGCUUCUUAAAUACCGGCUUUUUCUGGAGUCGGUUGUUAAAAUGUCCGAUGAAUUUUCCGAUAUUUAUGAACUCAUAUCACGAUACGACGCUCUGAAAGCCAACUUAGAGGAUCUAAGAAGUUCAGAUGCAAAAACACAGAAACUUGUAGACAACAAAAGCAGUGAACUUGUUCACUUUAAGAAGACAAAACAAGAUGAGAAACUCUCUUUAACUAACGAAAUAGCUGAGCUUCGUAAUCACUUGGAGUUGCAACAAAUGAGUGGGAGAAAUAAAGAGACUCAGUGGGAGCACACAAGGGACUUAGCUGCUAAUCGUAUUUAUGAACUUAGUACCAUAGUUAUAGCUGUUGCUAAUAUGUAUACUAUCGUACGAUCACAUCAGAAGUAUGGCGAAUCGGCCAAGCCUAAUGAAACUUGUAAACAACUAAGAGCAAUUAAAACUUUUAUUCAAACGUUAGUCAAGAUAAUCGAGGAAGUAACACAAAAACAUUAACGAUUCAGAUUAUCAUAUUUCAUCAAAUGUUACAUACCAUGCAAAAUAAAUAAUUGUUUAUGCUUUGUGUGAACUGUUCUCAACGUUUUUAACCCUACAAGUGUUUGUUUUCUGCUUUCUAUGAUUACGAAAUUGUGCUGCUGUUACAUCAGGUUGAAGAAGCUUAAGUAUAAAAUAACGCCAACAUGAGUCUACAUAGAUUUCCUUUCGUGAUUUUACACUCGAGUCUCUAUUUUACGGUGUUAUUAACCAUGUGAGAUCAACUAAACUGUUUGUUGAUUUUGAUUGGAUUUGAUUACAAUUUGUGUAUGAAACAAACAAAGAAGUGCUAAUAAGAACGUUUUUGGUUUCUUUUCCUCCAACUCUGAUGCAUCCAUAAUAGUUCUUAUGCACAAGCCUCUAACCCUUUGUGAUAUUUGUACGAUGUUAUCUGUUACCAUUAAUUACGAUAAACUGUUUUGUCAGCGUUUUUCCUUGUUGGUGUUUUAUCAAUCAGUUUGGCGCUUAACCCCCUUCAAAUGUGAGUACGAGUAGUAUUUGUUUAAUCUUUUCUCUGUCUGUGCUAAACGUUGCAAUGUCUGUUGCGAGUUUCAUCAUGAUGAUUAUAAUUUUGCCACCGAUUACUUUUCUAAUAUUAAAAUUUCAACCCGGAUAUCCUUUUAUUCAUUGUAAUAGACGUAGAUAACCUUUUUGGCUUAUUUUAUUCUCAAUCCACUUAACCAUAUCGUUUCAGUAAUAUUGGGUGGAAACUGAACCAUUUUAUCUUUUAAGUAUUAAUAAAAGUAUAGACCUCUG